CUUUCAUCUCAAAUUUCUCAGAAGGUUGGAUGAAGCCGGUCGCUGCCAAUAGUAGCUCGGCUGCGGCUUCUGCUCAAGCAGCGCUCAAAAGGCAACACCAACAAGCACAUCGGCGCAACAAUACUGUAUUCACGUCUCUCUCUGUGCUGGUCGCAGUAGCGAUUGCAGGAUUGGCGUUGGUGCUGUUCCGCUCAUCGACCGACAAUCUCGAAUCCGGCUCUACCGACCAGCAGCACCAAUCCACCCACCAAAACGACGAGCGAUUGGCUGCAGCGCUGCGCCAGGCGUACUUGGGCACUGACAACGCAGAGUCGCUCUUCCAAUUGCUCGCGCAUCCCAGCCAGCUCGAGUCCACUCGCCCGGGCGUGCCGCUGGAGAAUGGCGUGCCGGGAUCGGUCAUGCUGAACUUUACCGUUCCUGUUGUGCACUGGCAGCCGAGCGCUCCGUUCGCCCGCACCAUCGCAAAUCACGGAUUGCCCGUCGUGCUCAGACAUUCAGUGGUGGACACUUGGCCUGCGCGAACAUCCUGGACUCCCAGUUAUCUGGAGGGUGCCAUCAAGAGGUUGCGCGGAAUCUAUCGGAAUGAUAACAACCGAUUCUUUGGUCCGUACUAUGACCCGUCGCGUGCGCUGGCGCAGCUGGGCUUGACUCGUCCCAUCAAUCCUUAUGCCGACGAUGUGCAAAUGACUUCGACUGAGUUUUUUCAGAUCAUCACCAAGCCAAUUCAGGCCGGACAGCCCGCGUACUAUUUCAGCGGAGAAAGCACAAAGCUCGGCGCUACUGUCUUCCGAGAUACCCAGCCCAUGCAAGAGUUGUUCUCGCUUCGACCCGAGCGGUCGUCCGUCAAUGUUUGGCUCGGCCCGGCUGGCGCUGUCACGCCAGGCCACUAUGACGGCUACCACAAUUUCUUCACUCAACUCCGUGGCCGGAAGCGCUUUGUGCUGUUUCCUCCGAGCGACUGGGAUCGCGUUGGCGUUUUCCCCUUCUUGCAUCCCAACCACGCCCAGUGCCGCGCCAACCUCUCGUCGCCUGACGUCGCUCUCUUCCCCGAGCUGCAUCAAGCGACGGGCCUGGUCGUUGUGCUCGAGCCAGGCGAUAUGCUCUACCUGCCACCCCUGUGGUUUCACAUGGUCGAGUCGCUCGAAAUGUCCUUCUCGGUCAAUGUCUGGACUGACUCGGAUGAAACGGAGGUCAUGGAGCGCGUGUUUGGUGUCGAUUUACCACACGUCCUGCUGGAAACGAAGCAGUCUUCGUCGGCAGAGCCAGCCCUUCGCAUUUCGCUUGUCAUUCAGCGUCUGCUUGGCGAGCUGUUUGCUCAGAGCACGGGUCGCAAUGUGGCGUCAACGAGUCGUGCCAAAGCAGCCCACAGCUUCCUCGACAGACUCUACAACGUACGAUACAAGCACUUGUACGACUCCAAGCAGCUGCCUGCUGCAGACUAUGACUGGCAGACCAACCCGUCCAGCUGCAGUUUUGCCGAAAAGGCUGCCGUGGAGCGCGCACAAAAGCUUGUUUCCUCCAACAAGGCCGUCAGCCAGUUCGUGAAUGCCCAAUUACAAGCACUCCUGCAAUUACCAAGCAUGUCCCUCGAGCUGUGGCUUGGCAACUAUGUCGAGUUUUUAGCCGCCACCGCGGUUGGCCCUGCGAAUGCUGGCCACUUUAUGCGUGACAUUCGCGACUGUAUUCCAUGGGAGUAGGCCUUUCGGCAGAUGGCGCAAUAAAUUGUGCGUGGUUU